AUGGAGAGGCGCAUCAACUCGUUACCUAACUACAAGAUCUCUGUCGAGGACGAGAAAGGCGACGUCGAACUUCACUUUGUUGGCCUCUUCUCCAAGAAAGAGAAUGCAACUCCAAUUGUUCUUCUUCACGGCUGGCCGGGAAGCUUCCUCGAAUUUCUCCCAACACUCGAUAUCAUUCGGAAGAAAUAUGAAACUAGCGAGCUGCCAUUCCAUAUUAUUGUACCCUCUUUGCCAGGCUAUACUCUAAGCUCAGGGCCGCCUCGGGACAAAGCGUGGGUGGGUGAAGAUGCCGCACGAGUGAUUGACACCGCCAUCAAAAAGCUCGGCUUUGAUCGGUAUGUUGUUCAAGGCGGAGACGUCGGAUGUCUCAUAGCUUCGCUUCUGGCAACAACGUAUGAUUCCGUUAUUGGAGUGCAUCUCAAUUUGUUGCCUAGUUUAGAUCAAGUUGACGACAACGAUCCGGAUCUCACCGAGUUCGAGAAGCAAGCUAUUCAGCGAGGAAACGAGCGAUUCAAACCACCCUCAAUCGGUGCUGCUAUCAUGAAUAGUACACGGCCUGCUACUAUCGGAGCGGUAAUCUCGUCUAAUCCCCUAGCUCUGUUGGCUUGGAUUGGAGAAAAGUUUCUAGAGUGGCCAGAAGAAAACGUGAGCAUUGACGACGUUUUGACUGACGUCUCCCUCUAUUGGUUCACGGACUGCUUCGCGCGCUGCAACUAUACUUAUCGUGGCACCUUUCUCGUUAGCCCGCCCUUUUGCUUGCCAUUUAUCGACAAGCCCUUUGGAUAUUAUGUGGAGAAGAAAGGACGGCUGGCUUUCUACAGGCAACAUGAGCAUGGUGGACAUUUUGCAGCCCUUGAACGCCCAACAGAGUUCCUACAGGAUACUGAGGAUUUCAUGGAAGCGGCUCUAAAAGAGCAGUGA